AUGGAUAUAGAGGACUUGGAAAGCCACGCUCACCCUGCACGAUGGAAUCCGACGGAUUGCUUUGUUAGAGCCCGAUUCAAAAGCUGCAAGUCGAAAGAUCUCGGAGUUGAUGACUCUGUUCUCCUAUCCAGUGAUGUUCCUGAGAAGUACCGAAUUUUUGUUCAAACCUGGGGGUGCACACACAAUACCAGUGACAGUGAAUAUAUGGCCGGGGUGUUGGCCAAAUAUGGUUUUCAUGUUACUCUGGGUGGAUCGCAAAAGCCUCCUAUCCACUCGCCCGCCUUGACUUCUGAAUCAUCUCAAGAGUUGCCCUGCACCUGUUCAUCAUCGUCCCAGUCCUGUUGUCACAACUCCAAUAAAGCAUCUUCCCGAGUAAAUCCAGUGCCAUCGGACGAAGAAGCCAAGAAUCUUGCCGACCUAUGGCUACUAAACAGUUGUACCGUCAAAGGCCCCGCCGAAGAUCAUUUCCGUAACGCUGUUUCCGCUGGUCUAAAAGCUGGCAAGCGUUUGGUUGUCGCCGGCUGUGUACCUCAAGGUCGACCGAGUGCUGAUUAUCUAAAGGGUGUGAGCAUCAUUGGAGUUCAGCAAAUCGACCGUGUGGUAGAGGUUGUCGAGGAAACACUGAAAGGGAAUACUGUGCGCUUUUUGGACAAAAGGGUCGCCCCAUCCGAAUCGUCAGACUCUCGUCCGCGUCGUCUGGGAGGUGCUCCACUUGAUCUGCCCAAGAUUCGCCGUAAUCCUCUGAUCGAAAUUUUGGCUGUGAGCACUGGCUGUCUCAACGCUUGCACCUAUUGUAAGACCAAGCAUGCAAGAGGUGUUUUGGCCAGCUAUCCGAUCGAUGAACUACUGACUAGAGCGGAACAAGCUUUUUCCGAUGGUGUGAAAGAACUUUGGCUCACUUCCGAAGAUCUUGGCGCUUAUGGCCGCGAUUUGAGUCGAUCCUCUUCAAAAUACUCCUGUCCCUCGGUGGCUAAACGUUUCCCGGAUUAUCUGACUCUUUCGGAUCUGCUGUCUGGUCUUGUUCGACGAAUCCCCGCUGGCUGUAUGCUCCGGCUUGGGAUGACUAAUCCUCCGUACAUUUUGGAUCAGCUUGAGGUGAUCGUCGAUGUACUGAACCAUCCUCGCGUUUACGCCUUUCUCCAUAUUCCUGUUCAGUCAGGUUCUGAUGGAGUGUUGGAUCGAAUGAAGCGUGAAUACACCGUGGAUGAGUUCAGUCACGUGGUCACAUUCCUUCGCGAUCGUGUCCAGGUAGCCGAUUUUGCUUCAGUCCAGCCCACAACUUCUUCCGGAUCCCUAACCAUCGCCACGGACAUUAUUUGUGGGUUUCCCAACGAGACCGAAGCCGAUUUCGAAGAGACCGUAAAAUUAGUCGAAAAAUUCCGCUUCCCCGUGUUAUAUAUCAACCAGUUCUUUGCUCGACCUGGCACCCCAGCCGCUUCAAUGACCAGAAAAGCAACCACAGCAGAGGUGAAGAGACGAACUCGACGACUUCAUGCUCUGUUCCGGAGUUACACCCCUUACACAAACCGUGAAGGCUGCCAAGUUCGUGUAUUGAUCACUGAAGUCAGCCAUGAUGGGCGAUUCUGGGUCGGUCACACCAAGGCAUACGAACAGGUUCUCGUUCCCAUGCUUCCCGAACUACUUGGUCGUAUCGUUCUUGUGCGCAUCGUAGAAUCAAAUAAGUUCUGCAUGAAAUCUGAGCUGGUCGAUACCGGACCUUUCGACUCCUUAGUGCCCAGUCCCGUGCCAUCAUCUUCAACUAACCUCGCUAAUUUGCCUCCGUUGGAGCAACAGCCAACCCCAUUCCUUUCACCCACUACCCUAACUAAUGUUCCGGAAUAUGCUCUAAAGAAGUGUGACAAUUCCAGACUGGUGAUACGUAUCGGAUGCGUGAUGUUUUUUUUCUACUGUAUCCUCAAGUACUGUGAAUCACAUGGAUUCUUUACAUAA